UCUCGUUACUCAAAUCUCUCUCUCGCAAACAUUCCUGAUCGCUCAGCAAAAGUUUUCUGUGAAGUACUCUCUCUCUCAAGGUAUUUGUUUCUCCGAUCUCUUCUCUUCAUCUUUUUUGCGUCUGAUCUUUUUGGCACUUACCAUUCAAAAUCCUCCGUUGAGAUUGUUCUCUCCCAUAAAAAAUUGUUUACAGAUGACCAUCCAAAUCUACGCAAAGACUCUUACAGAAAAGACCAUAACACUUGAUGUUGAAACCUCCGACUCCAUCCAUAAUGUCAAGGCAAUGAUCCAGGACAAAGAAGGCAUUCCUUUAGACCAGCAACGACUUAUCUUUGCCGGUAAACAGCUCCAGGAUGGCCUUACCUUGGCUGAUUACAGCAUCCAGAAAGAGUCAACUCUCCACUUGGUUCUGAGGUUGAGAGGUGGCAUGCAAAUCUUUGUGAAGACUCUUACGGGAAAGACCAUAACUCUUGAGGUCGAAAGCUCAGACACAAUUGACAACGUCACGGCCAAGAUCCAAGAUAAAGAAGGAAUCCCUCCUGACCAGCAGAGGCUGAUCUUUGCAGGAAAGCAACUCGAGGAUGGCCGUACUCUUGCGGAUUACAGCAUCCAGAAAGAGUCAACACUUCACCUUGUCCUUCGUCUUCGCGGUGGUAUGCAGAUAUUUGUGAUAACCUUUCCCGGUAAAAACUUUACCAGUGAAACCCUCACCCUAGAAGUUGAGAGCUCAGACACCAUUGACAAUGUCAAGGCGAAGAUUCAAGACAGGGAAGGUUUACGCCCGGACCACCAGAGGCUCAUCUUUCGCGGUGAAGAGCUCUUCACCGAGGAUGGCCGUACUCUUGCGGAUUACGGAAUCCGGAAUAGGUCAGCCCUUUGCCUUGCCCUUCGUCUUCGCGGUGAUAUGUAUAUAUUUGUGAAAAACCUUCCCUAUAAUACCUUUACCGGUGAAACCUUCAUCCUAGAAGUUAAGAGCUCAGACACCAUUGACAAUGUUAAAGCUAAGAUCCAAAACAAGGAAGGAAUUCUUAUGGACCUACAUAGACUUAUCUUUGCUGGUAAACCACUUGAGGGUGGUCGAACGCUAGCACAUUACAACAUCCAGAAAGGAUCAACUCUGUAUCUGGUGACUAGAUUCCGUUGUGGGAUGCAGAUUUUUGUCAAGACCCUUACCGGAAAGAGAAUAAAUUUGGAAGUUGAGAGCUGGGACACAAUCGAAAAUGUAAAGGCCAUGAUUCAGGAUAAAGAAGGGAUCCAACCAGACCCGCAGAGGCUGAUCUUUCUCGGUAAAGAGCUCAAGGAUGGCUGUAGUCUUGCGGAUUACGACAUCCAGAAAGAGUCAACACUUCACCUUGUCCUUAGUAUGCAGAUAUUUGUGAAACUCUUUGGCGGUAAAAUCAUUACCCUAGAAGUUUUGAGCUCAGACACCAUUGAAAGUGUUAAAGCUAAGAUUCAAGACAAGGUACGUUCACCCCCGGACCAGCAGAGACUGAUCUUUCUCGGUCACGAGCUCGAGGAUGGCCGUACUCUUGCGGAUUACGACAUCCAGAAAGAGUCAACACUUCACCUUGUCCUUGGUAUGCAGAUAUUUGUGAAACUCACUGGCGGUAAAAUCAUUACCCUAGAAGUUGUGAGCUCAGACACCAUUGAAAGUGUUAAAGCUAAGAUUCAAGACAAUUUAGGUUCACCCCCGGACCAGCAGAGACUGAUCUUUCUCGGUCACGAGCUCGAGGAUGGCCGUACUCUUGCGGAUUACGACAUCUGGAAUGAGUCAACCCUUCACCUUUUCUUUCUUAUUCGCCAUGGUAUGCAGAUAUUCGUCAAGACAUGUACAUUUUCCAGUGAAACCCCUACCAGUAAAACCAUUACCCUAGAAGUUGAGAGCUCAGACACCAUUGAUAAUGUAAAAGUUAAGAUCCAACACAAGGUAGGAAUUCCUGUGGACAGACAGAGACUUAUCUUUGGUGGUAGAGUGCUUGUGGGUAGUCGAACGAUAGCAGAUUACAACAUCCAGAAAGAAUCAACUAUCCAUCAGCUGUUUCUUCAGAGAGGUGGUAUGCAUAUUUUUAUCAAGACCCUUACCGGAAAAACCAUAACUUUGGAAGUUGAAAGCUCAGAAACGAUCGCCAUUGUGAAGGAAAAGAUCCAUUAUAAGGAAGGGAUCAAACCAGACCAACAGAUGCUAGUAUUUUUCGGAAAACAGCUUGAAGAUGGCGUCACUUUAGGGGAUUACUAUAUUCAUAAAAUGUCAACUCUUUACCUUGUUCUCCGUCAGCGUCGAUAUGACUUUUGAGUUUUUUUUCUUCUCUUGUUAUGUUUUACGUUUUGAUGGGCUCGUAAAUGGGCUUUAAAGUCUUAUCAAUAAUAAAUCACAUGCUUUUCU